AUGAUCCGUGGAGGUGACGUCUCGAUGAUGCCAUGGGACACGGACUUGGAAAUGUCCCUGUACUCAACUGGAACCAAUCCUGUGCUGAGAUGGUGUGAUGACAUUCUCAACUUGCAGGAGCGGCGGAAAUGUGUCCUUCGAAAGCUGGAAGAGGAGCUUCAACUCCCCAUGAUUCGCGGCCCGGAUUUGUUCUUCUCGCAGUGGCUGUAUGAGGCACACUUAACCUUUGCCAAGUUCCGUGUGACUAUGGACCACGUCUUUGACGUGAAUUUCGAGAGCUAUGUGCCCGUCUUCCCCAUCCGAGUGUCCAUGUUCGGUACCGAGCUACGGACCUCGUGGCCGGUCUGGGAGCACCUCUUCUUCGAGGUGUUCCAAGGCAGCCUGGAGAAGAAGGUAGGCACUAGUGGCAACAUCGCCCUCGCAGUGACACACUGCACCGCGCUCGAGCACAACGCUUGCAUCCCACCCGCUGAGCCGCCAUUGGAUUUCGACUUCGAGGACUACUUUGCUCACUCCCGCGAUCUGACAGGAGGCCUUUUUCCUGACUGA